UUGCUGUCAGCACCAGCGGGCAGCGGGCAGCGUCUUCCUCAAGCUCCAGGCCAUUAGAAACGUCAUUUGGCUCUGCUACUUACUACUCAAACUACUUGGAAAAUCCAAAAAAAUGGCGGUCAUUAGAACCACCACAAACAUCAUCCUCCGAGAAAUCCUUCACUCCCAUCCCUGGUUUCCUCCAUCACCAUCCCCAAUCUUCCCUUCAACAUUGCACAAUCCCAACAAUGGCGCYUUGCGAUUCCGGCUUCGUGAAAUCAGUUUCGGCCGCGUCCUAUGCGCCUCUUCGGACUCAGGAGCCGGCAAGGUGUCUGCCCGGCUCUCGCAGGUUCAGCAGCUCCUGCAAGAAGCGGAGGAGCGAGCUCUUUCGGCUGACCGCGAACCCGCCCCUAAAAUCACUCUCGACCAUGUCACUGUGAAUUUUGCGAGAAGUGGUGGCCCUGGAGGUCAGAAUGUCAACAAAGUGAACACAAAGGUUGACAUGCGCUUUAAUGUUAAAGAUGCAUAUUGGCUGAGCGACAGAAUCAGGGAAAGGAUUAUGCAAAUGGAGAAAAAUAGGAUCAACAAGGAUGGGGAGCUUGUAAUUUCAUCCACUAAAACUAGAACACAGAAGGGCAACAUUGAAGAUGCCUUAGAGAAACUUCAGGCAAUAAUCGAUGCUGCUUCUUAUGUCCCACCACCUCCCUCUGAAGAGCAAAAGAAGAAAAUUGCUAAGAUGGCUGCUAUUGGGGAGCAGAAACGCCUUAAAAGCAAGAAGAUCCUCUCAGAUAAGAAAGCCUUCCGAAGGAGUCGAGACAGUUGGGAUUAACAAUAUUGCUACUCUCACCCUUUUACUCGGAAAACAAUACAGGAUUUUCAAAAAGUAACACCAUGGAUUCUGUGUGCAAUGAGGGAAAACCCAUUGGAAGCAGAGGAACUGAGCGAUUUGCUUCGCUCACAGGUGAUUUCUGGAAAUUGCUAGAAAUAGAUAUAAUCAUAUAGAUAAUCAAUUUUAUUUUCAUUUGAUUGGUGCAUAAUAUGUUUGAAGCACUGGCUUAGAAUCCAAGGUAUCUUACAGAACUGUCAGAACAUGCCUGCUGCAGACGUUUGGUCAAUGUAUGUUAACUAAUAUUAAUUCAGGCUUUUUUUCCCUCUUUGUUGGAUGUCAUAUACAUACUCGAGUUGGUCUGUUGCCAAAACCUUGAAUAGGAAAAGUAACUAAUAUUACCAAGAAGUUUAGCUAUGCUAUCUGUAUGAGUCUGUGGCUCUUUGUUUCUAAUUGGAAGAACAUUGUUGAA